ACUUGUCGAUAAAUUCGUAGCGUAAACGUAUCACUUUUAAGUAAACUUUUUUCUUUACAGUUUUUGCAGACUAAUUUUUUAAUGGAUAAAGAAGCGAAAAAAGAGAGCGGUGAUCUUCAUCCAAAAAUUGUGUAUCAGCCAAACGAAGUGAAUGAAAACCAAUUAUGGCGUUUCAGAAAGUUUGUUGAAAACAGAUAUGGAAUAAAACUGAAUGAUUACUGGGAACUUCAUGAAUGGUCUCGUCAAAACUAUCGAGAGUUCUGGGAAUGCUUGUGGAUCUUCUUCGACAUCAAAAGCUCUCAGCCGUAUACUGAAGUUUUUGAUAAAAAUGGAAGUUUAGCAGACACAGACUGGUUCAAAGGAGCGAAGCUUAACUAUGCAGAAAAUGUUUUACGAGUUAGAAGUUCUAAAACUGCCAUAAUAGUAGCAGAUGAACACGACAAUAUAGAGCACAUAUCUUACGAGCAGAUGUAUACUGAAGUCGCUGUAUACGCAGAAGCACUCAAAGACUUGGGAGUGAAGAAAGGCGAUGUCGUUACAUGUUACAUGUCAAACAAAGUUGAAGCUAUUUAUGCAUAUUUUGCAACUGCAAGCAUAGGUGCAAUAUGGUGUGGCGCUCUUCCUCUUCUAGGAGUUAAGGCUGUGGUUUCCAGGUUCGAGCAAACGAAUCCCAAGAUCCUCUUCGCAGCAGGAAAUUUUCAUUUUGACGGAAAGGAGAUAGACAUGGUUCAGAAACUCCCGAAUAUCAUAAAAAGUCUACCAUCUCUGAAAAAAGUGGUAUUUGUUCCAUCAAAACAAGAAGUGAAUGAAAUAAAAAAUCUUCCAGGAUGCGUUUCCAUUGAAGAUUUUCUCAAACCAGCUAGAGAAAAGAUAAAUAAAUGCGGAGCUGAUAUAGUUUUCGAACAAGUUCCGUUCAACAAUCCUUUAUGUAUCAAUUUCACUUCUGGCACUACAGGCGCACCCAAAGCUAUAAUACAUUCACACGGGUCACUGUUAGCACCAUUAAAAGAUUACGGUCUGCUUUGGGACUGCACAGAUGUUGAUGUUUUAUUAAACUAUUCUCCCGUUGGCUGGGUGUCGUGGAAUAUGCAUGUAAGCACGUUAUAUCUUGGGUUAACGCUUGUCAUGUACGACGGUCUUCCAUUUGAAGAGACGCCAACUCGCUUUUGGGACAUAGUAGACAGGUUUGGAAUCACAUCAACUUUUAUCUGGAGCAGUGCAGCUGAAAGCAUGGAGCAGAAAAAAUACAUUCCAAAGAGCAGUAUAAAAGUGGAAGGUUUAAAGCAGCUGCCAAUGCUGCGGAAAAAACACAGUUUGAAGAGUUUAAAAGCACUUUAUCCUAUGGGAAGCGUCUGCAAGCCUCAGACUUAUGAGUUUUUGACGAAGGACAUCAAACCUGGGUUAUUUUGCUGCUCUGCUUAUGGCACAACUGAAUACUUUGGUAUGCUAAGUGGUUUAGACUCCAAUCUUCCAGUUUACAAAGGCGAAAUCCAAUGUUUUUCUCUGGGUUAUGACCUGCGGACGGUGGAUGGAAAAGGGAAUUACAUAGUUGGCCAAAGAGGAGAUAUGGUGCAGCUCAACCCAGCUCCAACAGCUCCGGUUUCAUCUCUCGGUGAUGACCCAAAGAGGAAAUUGAAAGAAAUGUAUUUAACAAAAUAUCCAGGAACUUGGGACUUAGGAGAUGAUACUUGGAUCAAUCCAAUAACCAAAGGUUUCAUUGUAUAUGGUAGAAGCGAUGACACCAUGAACCCUAAAGGCGCCCGUUUCAACUGCUCAGAAAUUUACUUUGCCUUGGAAGGAUUUCCUGGCAUCGUGGACAGUGUAUGCGUCUCUCAAUUUAACUCCACGCUAGAUGAACGCGUGGUUCUCUUUGUAAAUAUGGCAACUGGACAUUCCCUCACGCCCGAAGUUGAAGAUAAAAUUCGGAAGACAAUUGAAGAUGACCUCUCUUAUGAACACGUACCAGAUCUCAUUAUACAAGUACCAGGAGUACCAUACAAUAUGAAUGGAAAGAAAUUGAACAGUUUAGUUAAGAAACUUGUCAACAAGAAAGCUGUGCCGAACACUGAAAUUGUUUUGAAUCCAUCAUCUGUGGAAUUCUUCAGAAAUUUAGAUCUUGGUGAUUUCUAAAAAAUAAAUGUGAUAAACGUGUUUUUAGCAAAAUAAA